AUGGCGCGUACCAAGCAGACCGCUCGCAAGUCUACUGGAGGAAAGGCUCCUCGCAAACAGCUCGCCACCAAGGCCGCUCGCAAGAGCGCCCCUGCGACCGGCGGAGUGAAGAAGCCCCAUCGCUACAGGCCUGGCACCGUGGCUCUUCGCGAGAUCCGUCGCUACCAGAAGAGCACGGAGCUCCUGAUCCGCAAACUGCCCUUCCAGCGCCUUGUGCGCGAAAUCGCUCAGGACUUCAAGACCGACCUGCGAUUCCAAAGUUCAGCCGUGAUGGCCCUGCAGGAGGCUAGCGAGGCCUACCUUGUCGGUCUCUUCGAGGACACCAACCUCUGCGCCAUUCAUGCCAAGCGCGUUACCAUCAUGCCUAAGGAUAUCCAGCUGGCGAGACGUAUUCGUGGGGAACGUGCUUAA